ACUGGGGGUGGGACUGCUGCAUUUUUCAAUAUUGAGUUUCUGUACAUAGGUUGGAACCGUGCAGAAUUAUCGGGCUUUAGAACUGCAAACUUCGGGUCCGCCUACCAUCUGUCAAUGUUCCGAGUCUCCGCAAGAAAGUCGCCAUCGGCUCUGGCACUGCAAUUAACAUGCGGGAUUACGAUGAAGUAACUGCUUUCCUGGGAGAAUGGGGACCGUACCAGAGACUUAUCUUCUUUCUUUUGAGUGUCAGCAUUUUACCGAACGGUUUCUGCGGACUUUCCAUAGUUUUCGUCGGAGAUAUACCUGAGCAUCGCUGCUUAGUUCCCGGGAACCUUAACCUCAGCGAUGCGUGGAGGGACAGGACGAUUCCUCGGCUGGAAGGCGCUCAACGGCAGCGCAGCAAGUGCAGUCGGUACCGGCUGAACGUGAUAAUGAACCUUUCGGAGGCAUUUUCCGACCCAGAUUUCUUCAAUAUGUCUGAGAUCGAACAGGAACCGUGUCUGGAUGGAUGGGAGUACAGUAAGGAGCAGUACAUCUCCACUAUCGUCAGCGAGUGGGACUUGGUGUGUAACAAUGACUGGAAAGGACCUUUUUCUAUGUCAGUGUUCUUCCUGGGAGUGCUGGUUGGCACCUUUAUCGCUGGCCAGUUGUCAGACAGGUUUGGGCGGAAGGCUGUUUGGUUUGGGACCAUGGCUGUACAGACUGGAUUCACCAUGAUUCAGGUGUUCUCUCCAAACUGGGAAAUAUUUUGCCUUCUUAAUUUUUUUGUGGGUAUUGGACAGAUUUCAAACUAUGUAGCUGCCUUUGUUAUCGGAUCUGAAGUUCUUGGGAAAUCUAUUCGGGUUAUUUACUCUACACUAGGAGUCUGUAUUUCUUAUGCAAUUGGCUACAUGUUCCUACCCUUGAUUGCAUACUUCAUACGAAGCUGGCGGAUGUUACUGUUUACCUUGUCUCUUCCGGGACUACUGUACAUUCCUCUAUGGUGGUUUGUGCCUGAAUCUCCCCGCUGGCUAUUAUUCAAAGGACGGAUACAGGAGGCUGAAGCAAUAAUCCAACACAUUGCUAAGAAAAAUGGCAUAACUCCACCAGCCGUAGUCUUCAGUGACCUUGAGCUUGAAGAAAUGAAGGUUAAAAGUGUGAUAUCUCAUACAAUUAUUCACUUGGUGAAAACAAGUAAUAUCCGAGCCAUCACGAUUAUAAACUUUCUUGUAUGGAUGAUCCUAUCAAUUGAAUACUAUGGUCUAUCUUUGAACACACCAAAUCUCAAUGGUGAUGCCUAUUUGAACUGCUUCUUCUCUGCUGCCAUUGAAGUUCCAGCCUACACAGUAACUUGGCUUCUUCUCCAGAGAUUUACCCGCAAAUUCUGCCUUUCAGGCGCACUUUUUCUUGGAGGCGGUGUUCUUCUUUUCAUCCAUCUUGUACCAUCAGACCUUUCAGUACUUACCACAACACUUGUUAUGGUUGGAAAAUUUGUUAUUACUUCUUCCUUCUCAAUGGUUUAUGUCUAUACUGCCGAGCUCUACCCAACUGUGGUAAGAAACAUGGGUGUUGGAGUGAGCACAAUGGCCUCCAGGACAGGCAGUAUCAUCUCACCAUACUUUGUUUAUCUUGGUGCUUAUAAUGAACUUCUGCCCUUCAUGUUAAUGGGAAGUUUAACAAUCCUGUCAGCAGUUCUAGUCUUGUUUCUGCCUGAAACAAUCAAUAAACCCCUUCUGGAAACCAUUGACCAGAUGCAGACUAUCAAGUGCAUCAAAUGUAGAAGUCAUUGCACCAAUCAAGACAGUUCGGAUAAAAAUGAAACGGCUGAAAAAUGUGAUGGUCAUUAUGAAGCAAAAGAUUUGACCUAGCUCUUGCCAGGAUUCCACAACAUUGAGAAACUGGACACAUCUUCAUUAUUGGGGCUACAGUGUACAACAUUAUCGAAGUCAAAGUAUGUUUAGUGAUACAACUAUAGUACUCAGGGACCAUUGUAAAAGCUAGAGUGAGAAGGAAGUUGCAUUUAUUCAUUUUAGAAAGCAAACUUUCUCUAUUUACACAGCUCCUGAACACAUUAAAAUUUAGCCUUCUAAUAUAUCAUCUUCUGUUUAUCCAGGGAUAGAUUUUCACCUUUGACAGGAUCCAAUUUUGUUUUUUUUAUAGAUCAAGACAAAACCUUAUAUUGAGUUUGAUGUUGGGUAUGAUCAAACGUUCUGGACUGUGUCUCAACAGCUUUUUUUAAAUAGAUGACUGUAAGUUACAGAAUCCAAACAGUGCAUUCAUUUCAGCUGUUGCUUUCAACUAUUUCUUUUAUUCCUUUCCUCCACAGAUGUAAUAUUAAAACUAAGAUUUGA